AUGUAUAUGAAAUGCUGUGUGAUUGCACCAAAUAGCGGUGGACCGCGCGAAACUAUUGUUAAUGAAGAGACUGGAUUUUUGGUAAAUGAAAACCCGGAUUCAUUUGCAGAAAAGAUGGCAGAACUUAUCAAAGACAAACGUAAGGCUGAAGCUAUGGGUAGCGCUGGUCGCAAAAGAGUUGAAUCCGUUUUUGCGAUGGAUAAUUUUGUUCUGCAACUGGAAAAUUUGAUACGUGAAGUUUUAUCUGAUGCCAACAAAUAG